AUGCUGAAUUCAUGAGGUAGUACGGCUUCGGAGACACCCGAAUUGGGAGGAGGCCAAGAAACUGUUCGCAGAGAUACCUAUGGAAAGUCCACAAACAGGACAUGAGGGCGGUCCUCUUCUCAUUGGUUCACAGCAGCUGAUAAUCAGAGGAUUGUUUGGCGCCAAAAUCCAUUUAUGGUUGUAUCCUUUGUCUAUUUUUAAUAUACUGCCCUAAUUUGCUUGCUGUAAAGGGAGUAUGCAUCUAGAGAUCAAAGUUGCUCUGAACUUCAUCAUCUCAUAUCUGUACAACAAGCUUCCACGGAGGCGAGCUGACCUGUUUGGUGAAGAGCUAGAGAGGCUGCUGAAAAAGAAAUAUGAAGGUCACUGGUAUCCAGAGAAACCUCUGAAAGGUUCUGGCUACCGUUGUGUUCACAUUGGAGAAACUGUGGACCCCGUAGUGGAAAUGGCAGCCAAGCGGAGUGGACUUGCUGUAGAGGAUGUGCGAGCCAAUGUCCCUGAAGAACUCAGUGUUUGGAUUGAUCCCUUUGAGGUCUCUUACCAAAUUGGCGAGAAAGGGUCAGUCAAGGUCCUUUAUCUAGAUGACAGCGAGGGCUGCAGUGCAGCUGAAUUGGACAAGGAGAUCAAGAGCAGUUUCAAUCCUGAUGCACAGGUGUUUGUACCUAUUGGAAGCCAGGACAAUUCCUUGUCUAAUUCUCCAUCACCAUCUUUUGGUCAGUCACCUAGCCCUACAUUCAUCCCACGAUCUGCUCAACCAAUUACUUUUACCACUGCUACAUUUGCUGCCACAAAGUUUGGCUCAACUAAGAUGAAGAAAGGUGGAGGAGCUGGAGCAAGCACCAAUGGUACAGGGGUUCCACAGCAGCCACAACGCUUGGUCCGUUCACCCACCAAUAGCUUGCUGAAGCACAAAGGCCUUUCCCUGUCUAUGCAUUCUCUGAACUUCAUCGGGGGCAGCCCAGCCCCUCAGUCUCAACUCUCUCCCAAUGCCAAGGAGUUUGUUUACAAUGGUGGAUCACCAGGAGCCAGCAGCCUCUUCUUUGAUAGUGCAGCCACUGAAAACCAGGCUGGUGCCAUUCCUCCUGCAUCACAAUUCAGCGCCAGUAGUGGCAGCAGCUUUGACAUGGCUCAGGUUUUUGGUGGAAGCACCAACAGCCUUUUUCUGGAGAAGACACCCUUUGUGGAAGGACUCAGCUACAAUCUGAAUGCCAUGCAGUAUCCCAAUCAGUCGUUCCAGCCAGUGGUUUUGGCCAACUGACCAUCCUAUGAGUAUUCUGGGGAAAACCACUUCCAAAAAAAAAAAAAGAGAGAGAGAAAAUAAUUAAGAAAUAUUUGAAAUCUUAUAAAUAUAACUUCUUGGAAAGAGAUGAACCUUAACUUGUUGUGUCAUGCCAGGGAGCGCUGCUGAAGCACUGAUUCUUUUUAAAACUUGUAUUCUGUGCUCUUUCCUACCUAUUGUAUGUUCAAUGAAAGAGGCUAUCCUUGGCCCAGCAGUGGUUGGAACCAGAGUUACUUUAUUUAAUCUCCCAUGCUGCUUAUUGAAACUGGUCCUCAAAUAUGCUUGCUGUAAGGAUGGCCUUGUUCAGGUGCUGUCAUGUUCUUCAUACCCAGAUGUCUUGAAUUUUCUCUGUUUUUCAGGUGGCCUAGGGUAGGGAUGGGGAAUGAUUAAAUACCUCUGGUUGUAUAACAUCUCAAGCAGUUCCCAGGGAGACUUGUGGUUUGUUUUCAUACAUACAUAAAUACAUACACAUAUAUAUGUGUGUGUGUGUGUGUGUAUAUAUAUAUGAGAGACAUAGAUGGUGGGUUAAAUUAGUUAAAUUUCUUAGAACUCUCCGAUUUUAUAAUCCUAGAGCAGAAAACAAAGUUUCUCUUAUGCUAACUGGUGAUGACAGGGUUUUGUAGUGAAAAUAUUAUUUCCCUGGAAAUUCUUCUUAUCUAGAGGAUAAUGUGACAUCUGGGACAGUAUUUUGCCUCAUGCUUCCUAUAAGCCUCUUUUCUUCUCUAGUCUUAAAAGCUAGAUUGUGGUGGUUUUAGGGAAGUUCAGUCCUGUUUGCUAAUAAUAUGACAAAUAGAACUCUAUGAAAAUUCUUCUGACCUGCAAAAAAGAAUUAUCCUUGUAUAUUGCACUCAUUCUCAAGAGUAAAGGUGAAUGUUUUUUUUUUUUUUUUUGGUGUUUGUGCCUGAGCAACAUCUGUUGAUGUUUCUCUGGAUUAAUCAGUUGGAAAUUUUGCCAGGUUCUAUGCUCUUCUGAUUAGUAGCUGAUCAUUUAGUUACUAGUUCUCAUGGAAAACAUGGUUCUCCUACUUUCAAAUAUUAUAAGCACUACUUUUGACAGGGAUGAAGGAGUUAUUGUGUAGGCUAUUCUCUGAAGGAAUGGUUAGAGAGUUUGCACUUUGAAUUUCACAUCUCCUAGGACUUUUGACCAAAAAUGUUACAUUUUUCAUUAGAAAGGAAUCAGGUAUUCUUGUAUAGAAGAGUACCUCACAUACCUGUUCCAGCUUGAAGUUGUUCCAUCUUAAGGCUCUGCAUCAGGGAUGAAGUGGGCUUGCCAUAGAAUAUCCAAGUGAUUUGAAUGUGAAGAAAGCGUUCACUGAUAGAAAUAUAAAGUCUGUCAUUAUUGUUGGUGAGCUAGCAAUCCCAAUUGUAUUCCGUAUUUCUCCUUUUUUCGACGGGAGAGGAUGGCAGGAAGAAAUAGACAAUAGUGGCCUUCUAAUGUUGGUUUUUUUUGCAAACUAAUUGACAGAAUUUGCCUUAGAUAGGAAACCUUCCCCAUCUAUGCCUUAUGGAAUGAUUAUGAGUCCCAGAAUUUACCUGGCUAUGGUAAUAAGCAAUCUUUUUAAGGAGUUAAAUGAGUGAGCAGUGAAGAUAGGAAGAGGAAACUGGCUGUGGAAUCCUAUUUAGGCAGUUUUACAUCCUCCAUUUUAUGCUCUCUUCUAUAGCUCAGUUUGGGUUGUAUUAAAUCUUGCUUCUGUAAUUUCUCUGGCAAAGUCUUGUCAAAUAGAUAAGCUAAAAUAUGUUCUUCUAGAGCUUGACUUUUUAAGUUUCCCUUCCCCACUCCCUCAACCUAAAUUAAGGGUUCCUUGCUAGAAUAUAUAUGAGCCUUAACUUCCAGGUGCACCUAUCCUCCAGAGAAGGGUAACUAUUUUUAAUGUGUUCAGUAUCAUGGGUGUAGUUAUGGGAAAUGUUUCCUACCUAGGCACAUUGUGGGAUAUGUAGGAUAUUUUAAUAUUCCCCUAAAUUUCUUUGUUUCCUCCCCUUUCCUGGGAUGAGGAAAGAAGACACUAAAAGUAUAUUGAGCACUCUGCCUGUUUUCUGAUGCACUUAGUGGAUGAAGAGGGAAAGUACACAGAAAUGGAAAGGCAAAACUGCAUAGGGCUGAAACUUCAAACCUGAACAAGACUUACAAACUGUUCAGCUUUCCCCUUGUUCAUGCUUUCCCCUUAAAGUACCACUGCCACCCACUUGCCCCUGUGGAGUGUAUUGUAAUGUAGACUGCCUAGUUAUUACACUGGACUUGAACCACAUCUUCCUCCCUGAUAGAGACUAUCCACCCAGCCUAAUCUCCUCUGUUAAUUUAUUCCUGUAGCAGAGAAAGAUGCAUACCCUUCUAAGGUUUAGAAUAAUAGGGAGGAAGUCUCACUUAGCACCUGCAAUUUGCGAUGUUUGACACUGCUUUAUUAUACCUAUUGCUUUUGGAAAAGAAGUCUACAUGCACAAGGAAGAAGGGGGAAGGGACCAACCUCUAUUUCCUAAAGGAACACUUAAUGAACACAUAACUGUGCUUCAGAAGCAUUUCCAGUGCUGACAACAAUAAAACUCACGGCCUCUUUUUUGGUCUUCUUGUCUCAAGAGUUAGAUGUUUGGCUUCAAUUUUACUUUUAAGACCUGCACUAAUUUACCUGGUUUCAUAGGAAGAAAAAAGAAUUUUUUUUAAUUUUUAUUUUUAUGGGUUUGUGUUAAUUUUUUGUUGUCUGUUUAUAUUGAAUAAUUUGCUACAUUUGUAAAAUGUAAGAGGUAUAUAUAAUAUAUGUAUAUUUCUAACGUACAAAAUGAAACUUUUCUUUUCAAAAAUUUUUCUUAGAGAAAAAUAUUUUUUCAGGAAAAUUUUAAAAAAGUAGUAAAAGCUCCUUUUUCCCUUGCUUCCCUCCUUCCUGACCCUUUUUGAAGAGUGAAUCAACAACAUGUGAUCUAAAGUGGACAGAUGAACACAAAGAGGACAUAAUUAUGUAUGUUUUUUAAUGCAGAGGUCCAUGCUGUUCUUGUUCGUCUCUUUGGUUUUCUUGUUUUUGUUUUGUUUUUUACAGGCAGAGGGCCAUUGAGUAGGGAUUCAGAGGGGGUGGGGUUCUUUUUUUCUCUAG